AUGGGGUCCUGUCUAUCUGCAGAGAGCGGGAGCCCUAGACCGGGCUCUCCUUGCUCUCCUGCCUUUAGUGUGAGGAAGAGGAAGAACUCCAAGAAGAGACCUGGUUCUAGGAACUCUUCCUUUGACUACAGGAGAGAAGACCCGUUGCAUCGCGUUCCGGGUCGGAUGUUCUUGAAUGGGUCAAGUGAGGUUGCUUGCAUCUUCACUCAACAAGGCAAGAAAGGUCCUAAUCAAGAUGCCAUGGUUGUUUGGGAGAAUUUUGGUUCACGGACAGAUACAAUCUUCUGUGGAGUGUUUGACGGGCAUGGUCCGUAUGGUCAUAUGGUUGCAAAGAGAGUCAGAGACAAUCUUCCUCUCAAGCUGAGUGCUUACUGGGAAGCGAAGGUACCAGUUGAAGGUGCUCUCAAGUCGAUCACCACCGUUAAUCACGCAAGCAACGGUAGCAUCUCUGAAGAUACUCCUGCUGCUUCUUUUGUAUCUGCUGAAGAAGAACCUCUUAGGCCAUCCGUUGACAUGGAAGAGUCCCAUUCUGAAUUGUUUCAAACUCUGAAAGAAGCGUUUCUCAAGGCUUUCAAAGUUAUGGAUAGAGAACUUAAGUUCCACGGAAGUGUUGACUGCUAUUGCAGUGGCACAACAGCUGUGACUUUGAUCAAGCAGGGUGAGUAUCUUGUGGUUGGAAAUGUUGGAGACUCAAGAGCUGUAAUGGGUACAAGAGACAGUGAAAAUGGUCUUGUUGCUGUUCAACUAACUGUGGAUCUCAAGCCAAAUCUUCCAGCUGAGGCAGAGAGAAUAAAAAAGUGUCGUGGAAGGGUGUUUGCUCUUAGAGAUGAGCCUGAAGUUUGUAGAGUUUGGCUGCCAAACUGUGACUCACCUGGACUUGCAAUGGCACGUGCUUUCGGAGACUUUUGCCUUAAAGAUUUUGGUCUAAUCUCUGUCCCUGAUGUCUCUUUCCGUCGCUUAACCGACAAAGAUGAGUUUGUAGUCUUGGCUACUGAUGGGAUUUGGGAUGUGCUGUCAAAUGAAGAUGUGGUUGCUAUUGUAGCUUCAGCUCCAUCGCGUUCCUCUGCAGCAAGAGCUUUAGUGGAGUCUGCGGUUAGAGCUUGGAGAUACAAGUACCCAACUUCCAAAGUCGAUGACUGUGCUGCUGUUUGCUUGUAUCUAGACUCCAACAACAACACAAACGCCAUAUCUACAGCUUCCUCUGUCUCCAAACUGGACGACGACGAGGGAGAGGAACUAAAAACCGCAACUGAGAAUGACGAUGAUGAUGCGUCAGGACCAAGCGGUCUAGGCCGUUCGAGUACUGUCAGGACCGGGAAAGAGAUUGCUCUCGACGAAAGUGAAGCCGAGAAGCUGAUAAAAGAAGAGGAUCACUUAGAUACAGAGCAUGGAACAGAGUACUCUGCACUAGAAGGUGUUGCAAGGGUUAAUACGCUUUUGAACUUACCAAGAUUUGUGCCUGGAAAGUGA